AUGAUGCAACGCCACGUGUUUGCCCUCGCGCUGUGCUGUGCCUGCGUGUGCGUGGCGGGUGCUGCUGCUGGGCGCACAGCUGCGGCGGGGAAUGGCGGCGGCGCCCGGGGGUCCUCGUCGCUUCGCCCACUGCCGCUGGAGGAGGCAAGUAGUAAGCCGCUGUCUGUGGAAGAGGCAAAACAGAAGGUAAAAGCAGAGGUAACGAAGCUCGAAGAAUACUUGAGAAAGGCUGAAGCGGCAGUGGAAAGUAUCAGUAGUGAAUACAGCACAGUUAAGACAGCCAAGAGCGAGGUGGAUAAAAUGAGGGAAACAACAGGUGUGGAAAGGGCUGUCGCGGGAGAAUUGACCCGGUUUACCAUUGCCUUGAAUACCAUUGAUGUUUCACUCCAAACAACAAAGGGAAAAAAAGACAUGAUAAACACAUUUUUGACUGAUGCUGCUGUCCUGGACGCUUCUUUGAAACCAGAAAACGUAUCGCUUGUUAUGGCUAAUUGGACCGAGAGGGUCAAUGCAGCAAUACUUGACUCUGAGGGUGACACGGCGACAGCAGUUGAGCUACGGAAACUUGCAAUGACUGCAUUGGAGAACAUCAAAAAAAAGUUCGACGAGAUUACCGAACCGGCGCGAAAGGCAGAAGCGGAAAGGGCUGCCAGGGCAGAAGAACAAUUGAAGGCUGCCCAGAAGGAGCAGAAACAACGCGACGAAGCGGAAAGGAGAAGGCUUGAGGAGGUGGAAAGGAAAAAGCGUGAAGAGGCCAUCAAGGAAGAACAAAUGAGGGCUGCCAAGGAGAAAGAGGAGCAACAACUUGCGCAGGAAGAGGAACAACGUCAGGCUAAGGAAAGGACACUGCGAGAAGAGGAGGAAAGCAAGGAGCUUCAGGAGGCCGCUGCGAAGGAGGCCAGGAAGAGGGCAGACGCAGUCGCUGCGCAGGGAAAGGACGCCAAGUCGGUGGCGGACACCGUAACAACAGACAAGCAGACCGCUGAACUGAGUGACUUGAACACCAAGAAGGCUGUGAUGCUCGACGGCAGCGGCCGUCCUGUGUGGGUGCGUGCGCCGCUGCUGCUGUCUGCACUGGCCUGCGUUGCGGUGUGCUGA